CGCUAGACUCAUCAUGAAUUCACUUGGCACAGCAACCGCUCAGUUUGGGUUUGACCUUUUCCAAGAGCUGAAUAAAACUAAGGAGGGCAACAUCUUCUUCUCCCCUGUGCUUUUCUCUGAGAAAGAGAGAGAAAGUUCCAGAAUCACAGCUGAGGGAAAUGAGGUGAGAGACUUGUCUUACAAACUGCAGCGUGGUUGCUCCCUAGAUGUGGGCUCACCGGGGAAAUGCGAAAAAGAGAUUGAAGAGAAGACAGAAGAGAUACACCACCAAUUCCAAACGUUUUUGAGUGAAAUAAGCAAACCCACUAAUAAUUAUGAACUGAAAAUAGCCAACAGGCUAUUUGGAGAAAAGACAUACCUUUUCCUUCAAAAAUACUUAGAUUAUGUUGAAAAAUAUUACCAUGCUUCUCUGGAACCUGUUGAUUUUGUAAACGCAGCAGAUGAAAGUCGAAAGAAGAUUAAUUCCUGGGUUGAAAGCCAAACACAUGAAACCAUCAAGGACCUGUUUCCAGAUGUGUCUCUAAGCAGCUCCACAAAGCUGGUGCUGGUGAACAUCAUGUAUUUUAAAGGGCAAUGGGACAGGGAGUUUAAGAAAGAAAAUACCAAGGAGGAGGAAUUUUGGCUGAAUAAGAGUACAAGGAAAUCUGUGCAGAUGAUGACACAGCACCAUUCCUUUAGCUUCACUUCCCUGAAGGACCUGCAGGCCAAAAUUCUGGAGAUUCCAUAUAAAAACAAUGACCUAAGCAUGUUCGUGCUGCUACCUGAUGAUAUUGAGGGUCUGGAGAAGAUUAUAGAUAAAAUAACUCCUGAGAAACUAAUAGAGUGGACUAACCCAGGGCAUAUGGAGGAAAGGACUGUGAAUUUGCGCUUGCCCCGGUUGGAAGUGGAAGAUAGUUACGAUCUGGAGGCCGCGCUGGCAGCCGUGGGGCUGGCGGACGCCUUCAGUGAGUACACGGCCGACUACUCAGGAAUGUGCUCACGUUCCGGGAUGCACGCCCAGAAGUUCCUGCACAGGUCCUUCGUGGUGGUCACCGAGGAAGGUACGGAGGCUGCAGCUGCCACCGGCCUGGGCUUUGCCGUCACAUCAGGGGCAGGUUACGAAACUUUUCACUGCAAUCAUCCUUUCCUGUUCUUCAUCAGGCACAAUGAAUCCAGCAGCAUCCUGUUCUUUGGCAGAUUUUCUUCUCCGUAGGCCAGUCAUUGCUUUGGCAGAAAACCAGUGCCGGAGUAUUCAUGUGACUAUGGAAAGAGCCCAUUCUUUAUAAAAAUUUGCUUUUUUUUGCUUGCAUUCCAGUCUUACCAUCAAAAUUGAUGAUUUAAUGACUGUAAUGGGUGUGUGUGUUUAUAAAUUUCCUGAAAAGUGAAAUGUCCUUUUGUUUGUGCCAGGUAUGAAGUGAGUUACAUCAAGGCUUAUUAGUAAUCUGUUGAUUUCUUCUGAAAGUAAACCAAUGUCUUGUGGUUUUGUGCCCUAAUGGAGAGAAAUAGUCUCAUCAGUAAUGACUAUGGACUAGUGAUUUUGGGAGUCCCUCCAGUUCUGAUAUUUUGACAGAUUAUAAUGCAAAGGAAAAUUAAACAAUAAUUUACUUAAUUCAUGUGUUACUUUUUUCUUUCUCAGCAGUGUGGCAAACUACACAUAAGAAAGAGAAUUUAGAAACACAUUAGCAAAACAUAAAUUAAAACUCAAAAGCCAGAAUAAAAUGAAACGAUAUACCAGGCAGAGAUGAUGCCAUAUUUUCACCCUCUCUCCUAACAGAGAAUAUUAUCCAUUGUCAGUUGCAUAACCAUUUGGAUAUUGUGAAACAAAUGUGAUUAUAAAAUAGGAUGCACUCAUUUUAAGACUAGAACUUGAUGAGUUUUGACAAAUGUAUACACCUGUGAAAACACUACCACACCCAAGAUCCAGAAUAUUUUCAUCAUCCCCCCAAGUUCCCUUGUUCUGUUUCCCAGUC